CUAAACAACUCAAACCGACGAGAGGCGGAGCCGCAGCGCUGACAACUGUCAAAGAUACCCUUCCUGAUACCGCAAACUCUUCCGUCCUUAAGCAUCUCGUCUUACCGCCAUCCAGUCCGUUAUACAUCGCGUAAUUCAAGUUUUUCACGACGUCGUUAACUCGUGCGUGACGUUUCAAUCGGCGUCCCGUUACUGUGGAGCGGUUUCGGAUGAGCGGUUCUCUGCGCAGACGAUUUGACAGGCUGAAUGUUUUCAGAGACCCACUGAGAAGGUAAUCUUCAGCGAAAAGCCCUGAGGAUGAGCCUGCCGUUUCAGAUGAAGAAUUAGACAGAGAUUAGCUUCAGGCUGCACUUUUUCUUUAAAAACUCGUUGUAGUUUUAAGCUUUGGUUGUUAUUGUCUUGGUUGUUCAGAUGGUUUGUUUGUGAACGCUGAGUCUGCCACACCACAGAUGUUGCGCCUCUUUUAAAGAAAAUAAGCUCCUCCUCCUGCUCGGGAUUGGGAUGUGGGUUGAUCUGUGUGUUUCUUUUUCUCAUCACAUUUAGUCACACGUGGAGGAGAACUGCACAUCAAAUCCCUUUUGUUUUCACAGGGUCACUACACAUGACUUAGCCACACCCACUUGUUUACUUAUUUAAACUUUUGUUGAUCAAAUAUAUCACUGACAGAACGCAAUAUUUGUGUUGUAAAGGAAAAUAUUUUUGCAUUGCUAUGAUCCUGCAGAGAUGUCCAGGAGAAGCUCACGGUUAGUGUCCAAAGGGACGUCCUUACUUGAUGAUGAUGCUGCCAGCACAAGCUCCACUGGAUCCGCCGGCCACGUCUCUUACAAAGAGAGUCCCGUCAGGAUCUUUAAGAAGAGGCGGAGCGCAGGCAGCGUGUCCCGCAGCUCCAGCCGUGCCAGCAGCGUGGGUCAGAUGCUGAGCGGGCAGCGCGCUGACCUCAUAGCCAGUGAGAGCGAGAAAGGAAGGACGCUUGCCGUUCAAGGGUUUUCCUCUGGAUAUUCCUCAGCUGAGGAGCAUUACGACAAACCCUUCACCUCAAGCCCAAAUACAGGUUCUGCCCAGUCUGCGUCCGAAUCCGAGUUUAGCGUGUGGGACGUGUUUCGAUCUCCAGCUCAAGCGUUGGUUCUGUUUUACUGGUGGCUGGGCAGCACGUGGUACAGCUUCUCCUCUCGUGUGUCCAUGAUCAAUGUGUUUCUGCUCAGCAGAUGCACUUCAGAUAUAAAAAAGGCAGCUGUGCUCUUUCUCCUCCUCAUCUUCCUCAUAUUUGGAAUAUGGUACUGGUCCCCGUUCGCUACUUCUUCUCGUCCGCGUGAGGUUGUUUCUAGGACUCCACCUGUUAAACGCACAGAUGAACCCGUAAGAGCAGAAGUUCAUGACAAUUUCCAACCAUUUGCCGGCCUGUCUAACUUGAAGGAUGACAUCAGCAGCUUAUAUCUAAGAGAGGCCAACCUGAUGAGAGACAUUGAAGUGCUUAAGCUGGAGAGCGAACGCCAAAAGGUCAGAUCUGAGAUGCUGCAGACUGAUAUGAGGCUUAUGAAAGAUCAAAUCAAAAGUGUUGAGACCGAGCAUGUGCAGCAGGUUUCUGACCUGAAGUCAAGUGUCACAAACCUGCAGUCUGACUCCAGCCUCCUCAAGCAAAGAGUGGAUGCUCAAGAUGCUCUUAACAUCAAUCUGAAGGCAGAGCUCUCUGAGUGGCUGGUAAAACAUUUGAAGGACCCAAGAUCAACUGUAGUUUUCCGGCCUGAGCUGCAGAGGGCGCUGGAGGAUCUGGAGAAACAGAUAUUAGACAAACUAAAGCAGGACAAGGAGAGCGCGAGAGACUCGUGGAGGACUGUGGGAGAGACACUUGAACAAGAAGGAGCCGGAGCUGUCACUAUACAGGAUGUGAAAGGAAUCGUCAACAGGGCAAUUGAACUGUACAGGGCAGAUGGAAUCGGAAUGGCGGACUACGCUUUGGAAUCUUCUGGUGCCAGCGUAAUAAACACACGUUGCUCGGAGACAUAUAAGAUGAGAUCUGCGUGUCUGAGUUUAUUCGGCGUACCCCUCUGGUAUCAAUCUGAAAGCCCUCGCACGGUUAUACAGCCAGAGCUGUAUCCCGGCAAGUGCUGGGCGUUCCGAGGCUCGCAGGGUUUCCUGGUGAUCUCGCUGUCCUACCCGAUAAGAAUCACCCACGUGUCACUCGAACACCUGCCCAAAGUUCUCUCUCCAACGGGACUCAUCGACAGCGCGCUGAAGGAUUUCGCCAUUUACGGUAUGUCUGAAGAGAACGAAGACGGAAAGCAGCUCGCCACGUUCAUGUACGACCAGGACGGAGAGCCCAUCCAGACUUUCAAGCUUCCUGAAUCGUCAGACAUCUACAGCGUGGUGGAGUUGAGAAUAUUAAGUAACUGGGGUCAUCUGGAGUACACUUGCGUGUAUCGCUUCAGAGUGCACGGGGAGCCUUCGCUCGGCUGAGAACGCAAAUCAUUCUAGUUUACUCUAUGCAAAAGUCAAGUACGAAUAAAAUAGUGCACUGAAUUCGCGAACAGACAGACAGCUUCCUAAUGUACCGUUACCAAAAAACGCACACAGACAUGUUUAUACUCAAAUGUGUACUAAUAUGGGUUUGUUUGCAUUCCUCCCAUUUCUUAACGUGUAUUUUUAGUUGGCAAUCAUUUUAAAUGACGAUCUAAUAAUAUUUAAGUUUUAUGAAGAUAAUAUUAUGAAGUGUGUAACCAUAAAUUGGUUUUGACUGAAUGGAGGACUGAGCUUUCUUCUGUAUUUAGGUUUACUAUAAAGCAGUGUUUCUGGUUUGAACUUGCUGUCUCUUCCAAAGUAUAUUUUGUUACGACAGAUGGUUGUGUAAUGUGUAAUACACGUUACACGUGACCGUAUACCUCGUGAUAUAACAUUACAAUUGUUGAGAUAGUUCACCUCAAAAUGAAAACUCUCAUUAUUUACUCACCCUCAUGAGACAUUUCUUUAUUCAAAUGGUUUUUGAACGACACAAGGGUGAAUAAAAGAUGGCAGAACAUUUAUUUUGGGUGAACUAUGACUUUAAAUGAUGAUGAUGUUCCUUUAAGCAGUAAUUCUGUUUGCACUCUUUAAAGACGUUACAUAUAGAGCUGUCAGAUGACGUGUUGUCUCCUCUGCAGGGCAGAAGGAGUGGAGUGUAACUCAGGAUUUGGGUUUUAAAGCAAAGUGCUCUUUAUCGCAUAAUAUAUUGCUCGUCUUGUGUAUGUAUAUGUGCUUAAUAAUAAGACAAUUCGAUUCUUGAAUGCAUACUGGAGAUAUUAAUUGAAGGUAUAAAUGUUUGUGCAUUUAUAUUGCCAUUCUUCCACACGUUUCAUGCAUCUUAAUAGAACUUGCAAGUUAAUUUGGCAAAGUUUACAUUACGUUGUCUGCCGUGUUUGAUAUAUUUUGUAAGAAAAAUUAUUUGAAUAAAUUUAAAAUGGCGCCUA